AUGUCGUCCGAGUCCUCGGAGGAGCUAGCCGUCAUCCAGGCGGCGCGCAUGGGCGGUGCCAUCGCUCCACGCCACCAGCACCCCGCGACGCUAGCCGCCGUCGACGCCGUCAUCAUCGGCGGUGGACCGUCGGUUGGCGCCCGCCAGAGGGAAGGCACCUCGGGAGGCCACGCCACCACGGUGCUUUACUUUCUGACAGCGAGCGCCAUCUUCGUGUCCGUCGUCUCGCUCCUGGUCGGCCUCCUGCCGUGGCGCCUGUUUGGCCUGGGAGGCGGCCCCGGCACGAGGGACCUGUUCGGAGGACGCCAGUCGCUGGCCGCCGACGGCGACGACAGAGACGCCGACGCACGGGCCCCGGCAGUCAUCCGGCCCUACCGGCACGCCGGGCACGACGGUGACGGCGAAACCCGCGUUUGUUCCACCGUGGCCUGCGAGAAAGAAGGCAGCGCGCUGUUCCGCCAGCUCGAGUUCCACCAGGAGCCGUGCGACGACUUCUACGCCUACGUCUGCAAACGCUGGGAGACUGCGCACAAGCUGCCCUACGGCGCGGCGCGCGUCUCCAUGGACGACACGCUGCUGGAUGAGUACGAACUGAUGCUGGCCGACAUCAUCCAGCGAGGCCGACCAGGCUACGAGGCCGUGAAGGACAUCUUCCUGCGCUGCGAGUACCCGCGCAAGGGUGACACCCACUGGCUCGAUGUUCUCUCUAAGAUGGGCCUUCGGCCGUUUCCUGUGAUCCUGAAACCCGGUGCCAGCCUGGACCAAGUCGUCAAGGACCUCAUGGCCAUAGGCAUCCAGCCGCUGUUCAGCCUCUCCGUGGAGCGCAGUGUUGAGAACCCAGAGCAGUCCUACCUCCUCAUCGGACAGCCCGACCUUCUCAUGGGACCUCUACGACUCGGCCUGGACAUCGAGUACUCGUACCUCGACGACGCUCUCUCAGGCUUCAUCAGUGAGAUAUCCGAGCAGAACCAGACAGCCCGCAGCAACGUGCUCAAGGUCGAGCGCUUUCUCUCUGCGUCUAUGGAUCGACACCAGAUUGAAGGGUCGGGUCUCAACGACGAGCUCGUGGACGUGAGCGAGCAGUUCCCGAAGCUUGCCCGACGGAUCCGGACCAUAGUCGCCGAUGCCUUCGGCACAGACUUGUCGAAGAGGCCGCUCAAGACCUACUCAUUGAAGUACCUGCACGCUUUGGAAACCGGUGACUUGACCACCAACAUCGAAGACUACUUGAACUACCUCGCCUUCCGCACAGCUGUCGAGAUUGCCGCCGACAACGAGAUCGACCUCGGUGAUCUCAUGGCCGUUUCCUACUCUCGGUACGCCGGCUACCCUGCUCCAAGACCCAUCACGCGUCGCAGGCUCUGCAUCCGGAUGAUGAACAGGUUCGAACCAACUCUUAUUAUGCACAUGAGCAUGGACAGUACCGCUACAAGGCUGGGAGGCAAGGCUUCCUUCAACUCACUCCUCGAUCUUCUGGAGAGCAUCCUGAACGAAACCCUGUACGCUCAAACAGAGUUUGACAAAGACUUUCGGGACAGCCUGGUCGAGUCGGUGGCUGCUAUCAACUGGGAGCCCAUCGUUCCGGAUGCGGUGACGUCGCACAACGAACUCUUCCGGCGUUUGGUCUCGAUUUACGAGACUGCUUCCGGAAGCAAAAGGGUCAUCGAGAGCUACAUGGCCCUUUCUACAAUGUUCCGUUACCGAGACUUUGCCCAAAAGGAUUUAGACAAGUGGGUCGGCUGGCGAGGCGGCAUGCUGAGCACGUACGCGCGUCUCGACGCCCCGUUCCUCAAGCUGGAGGUUCCGUUUCCGGUCUUCGACUUCCUCCGGGACCCAGAUGCAUCGAUGGAACGCUUCCAGCUUCCGCGGGUCGGCGUUCGAGUCUUCUACGCGCUUUACCACGGCAUCUACCACCUGGCCUACAACUAUGGCGCCGGAAAGAAGCCGACGCUCUUCGUGUCCAAGUUGCACGCGCUCAUGGACUGUCUGGGCAGGCAAUACGCCAAGCUACGGUGGACGGAGUCCCGACGACGCAUCGGCCGUAACUCUUACUACUCGAACCUCCUGGACUUCUUGGCCCUGGAACCGACGUACCUAGCGUUCAUGCGCUAUGCCGACAGGGCCAGCAGGAACGAGCGGCUGCCCAAGCUUGAGAACCUGACGCCCAGGCAGCUGUUCUUCGUCGAGUACGCGCGCAACUUCUGCGAGGUGAACAACGCCACGUUUCUCGACCGAGUACUAGACGAAGGCACGAAGGCACCGGGAUGGUACAGGGUCAACGGGCCACUGCGGAACUUCAGACCAUUUGCCGAUGCGUUCAUGUGCAAGCCCAACUCGUUCAUGAACCCGUUGCACCGGUGCGCUCUCAAGUAG